GUGAUGCGGAAGUGCCGGGAGGGCGGGCGGACAGACAAGCGCGGCUCCGGGAGGGCGCAGUUCGGCCCCACCGCCUGGCCCGUGCUCCCGGGCUCAGCCAAGCGGGCGCACCGCAGACAGACGCCUUUGCCAUGAACCAGCCUGCCCCCGCUGCCCUUCCUCCGCCCCGCCGCGUACGGCUGAAGCCCUGGCUGGUGGCCCAGGUGAACAGCUGCCAGUACCCGGGGCUUCAGUGGGUCAAUGGCGAAAAGAAAUGCUUCUAUAUCCCCUGGCGCCAUGCCACGCGGCACGGCCCCAGCCAGGAUGGAGAUAACACCAUCUUCAAGGCCUGGGCCAAGGAGACGGGAAAGUACACCGAGGGGGUGGACGAGGCUGAUCCGGCCAAGUGGAAGGCCAACCUGCGCUGUGCCCUUAACAAGAGCCGUGACUUUCGCCUCAUCUAUGAUGGGCCCCGGGACAUGCCGCCUCAGCCCUACAAGAUCUACGAGGUCUGCUCCAAUGGCCCCACUCCUGCAGAGUCACAGCCCAGUGAGGAUUACACUCUCGGUGCAGGAGAGGAGGAGGAGGAGGAAGAGGAAGAGCUCCAGAGGAUGUUACCAAGCCUGAGCCUCACAGAAGCAGUGCAGCCCGGCCCCCCCAUGGCACCCUAUUCUUUACCCAAAGAGGAUGUCAAGUGGCCACCCACUCUCCAGCCGCCUGUGGUGCUGGGUCCCCCUGCUCCAGACCCCAGCCUCCUGGGCCCUGCCCCUGGCAACCCUGCUGACUUUGGGGAGCUGCUUUCUGAGGUCCUGCCGAGCCCACAGCCUGGGACCCUGGCUGCCAGCCUGACCCCAACAGGCGAACAACUCCUGCCCGACCUGCUGAUCAGCCCUCACAUGCUGCCUCUGACCGACCUGGAGAUCAAGUUUCAGUACCGUGGGAGGCCACCCCGGGCCCUCACCAUCAGCAACCCCCAUGGCUGCCGGCUCUUCUACAGCCAGCUGGAGGCCACCCAGGAGCAGGUGGAGCUCUUUGGCCCUGUGAGCCUAGAACAAGUGCGCUUCCCCAGCCCCGAGGACAUCCCCAGCGACAAGCAGCGCUUUUAUACCAACCAGCUGCUGGAUGUCCUGGACCGCGGGCUCAUCCUCCAGCUACAAGGCCAGGAUCUGUAUGCCAUCCGCCUGUGCCAGUGCAAGGUGUUCUGGAGCGGGCCCUGUGCCUCAGCCCAUGGCUCACACCCCAACCCCAUCCAGCGGGAGGUCAAGACCAAGCUCUUCAGCCUGGAGCAUUUUCUCAAUGAGCUCAUCCUGUUCCAGAAGGGCCAGACCAACACCCCACCACCGUUUGAGAUCUUCUUCUGCUUUGGGGAGGAGUGGCCUGAUCGCAAACCCCGAGAGAAGAAGCUCAUCACUGUACAGGUGGUGCCUGUAGCAGCUCGGCUGCUGCUGGAGAUGUUCUCAGGGGAGCUUUCUUGGUCGGCUGAUAGCAUCCGGCUACAGAUCUCAAACCCAGACCUCAAAGACCGCAUGGUAGAACAGUUCAAGGAGCUCCAUCACAUCUGGCAGUCCCAGCAGCAGCUGCAGCCUGUGGCCCAAGCCCCUCCUGUGGCAGGCCUCAGUGCUGGCCAGGGGCCCUGGCCCAUGCACCCAGUUGGCAUGCAGUAAUGAGGCUGCAGACAGUGACUGGCCCAGGCUUCCAGGGUGGCUAUGCAGACUGAUGUGGAGGUGCAAUGGCCUCAGUGGGCACCUGGUGGGCAGCAGGGUCCUACCUCUGGGUCCUCUGGAAGUGGAUCUGGGUCACGAAUAAGAGGGAAAAGAGGCCCGAGUUCCAGGUUCUCCUCAGAAGCUGAUGGAAACUGGAAGCCAGUUUUGCUUUGAGGACUCUGUCUUCCUGGACAUGCCUCUCCUGGGCUGGCUGUGGGGGAACUGAGCCAUCGGCACCAGUGAGGAGGGAAGGAACUCCCCCCGACUCCAGGGGGCCUAGUUGUACAGAGGGAGUUGCCCCAGAGUGACCCAUACUUGCGGUUGCCCCCAUUUCUUCUGGCAAAAAGAGCCAAGUGCUGUGGGUCAGGUCUCCCUGGCAGGUCCUCUGCAGGGCAUGGACCGGAUAUUGGGGUUCCCUAGCUUGAGCCCCACUUCCUCAUCUUUCUUCCUCCAGAGAUAGAGAUGAGCACUUGGGUAUUACACCAGAUACUUAAGGCUGGCAGCUACCUCCCUUCAGAGUCCAAGAACCUGGGGUACAAAGUGGAAUUUUACAUAUUUUUGGAUUAAUAAAUAUUAAAAAACAGACUCAGCUAUUAUUUUCCAGUACUGGUUGCUCCCAUGCUAUCCUACUAGACCAUAUGUCUCAUACCAGCUGGCCCUCUUUCCCCCAGCACCUGCCCUCCUGCUCUGGGGCCGCUGACACAGGGAGGGCUUGCCUUCCAGGCUGAUGAGUCAGUGGGGCCUUCAUAAGCACUCAGGCUGGCUGGCUUUGCUUUCCAGAAGGAAGCCGGCUGAAGCAAGGGCGUGAACUUUUUAAAUGUGUGCAGUCUAAAAUCCUGUCCAAAUCAAUUCCCAUAAUAAAUGGUGAAAAAGGAAGGGGUGGAUUUCAACUAGGGACCAUUACAAUCUGUUACCCUCAUGUAUAUUCAUAUGCUAUUAAAUAUAUUAGGACAAUGCAUACAAAUUGGUAGCUGACUGUUUGAAUCUGGCUCAUAGAUGUAAUUUUCUGACCUGAACAAUUCUGCUCUUACCUUUUUAUUAGGGAACGUUUUAAACGUUUGUGAAAGUAGGGAGAAUGGUAUGAAAUUCCCAUGUAGUAGCUCCAACAAUAAUCAAUUCAUAGUCUUUCUCAUCUAAACUCCCAACCACACCCCCACCCUGAGAUUAUUUUGAAGCAAAUCCUAGACAUAUUUCAGGUAUAAACAGUAUAUAUCUCUAAAAGACAAGCACAUCCUAAAAAACUACAAUAUCGCACCUAAUUAAUUUUUAUCAAAUAUCUAGCAUUUAAAAAUUUAAGACAACUAGAGAAAUUUUAUUCCCUUGCCAUUUAAUUGUGGAAGAAAUUGCAUUUUUUGUUCUGCAUUUUGUUUUCGCCUAGAUGCUCCUGACUGCAUCUGUUAACAUAUUUUGUCUCCUGUGUUUCCUAUAAAUUGGUACUUUGAUCUGGACCCUG